AUGUCGCAAUUGACUCUGAGUGUGGAUGAGAUAAUGGACAUGGAUAAUUGGAAGCAGUUCCAGUUGAGAGGAAGCAGAGAUGACAGGGGGAGCAUUGUGUAUAGAGGUUUGUAUAAAGAUGCCAAUGAAGAUGGUCAGUUGAAGGGGGAGUUUCUGGAUGAUGACUCAGACAGAGGUGAGACAUUUCUAGUAAAUCGUGAUCACACCGGUAGCCCACCUCUGUCCAAUAAUGAAUCAAAGAAGAGUGAUAAAUUGGACAAUACCAAGGAGGAACAUAAGGAGACAAUCCACCAGCCACUGAGCUAUGCACCUGUGUCAGAUGUCAAGGAGGAUAUCAAGGAGGAUAUCAAGGAGGAUGUCGAGGAGGAGGGCAAGGCCGAGGCCAAGGAUGAGGAUGAGAAUGAGGCAAGUGUUCCUGCUUUGCCCUCACAUGUUUUCAGAGCCACCCAUUUGUUGGAGUCAUACGCAGGCCAAAAGGAUGUGCAGCUGCUGCUAAAAUGGAUGUCCCUCGAUGCCAAAGCAGUCGACUCAUACGUGAUCCUGCGGUGUCUAUCACUGCUGCUGUUCAUGAUGAGAACAGCUUACUCACCUCCAAUCCAACUAUACCUCCUUCUGCUCAUGCUCCUAAGCAUCAACAUCACAAGGUCUUCCAGAUGGCAUAGAAGUUUGUGGGGUUGCCAACAGGUGAACAUGGCUCACUCGACAAUGGUGCAUUGUUGA